GUUGUCACGCUACCUCAAGCGGAGGGCAGAAGAGGGCAGUGAAGCGGCUAGGUCCCCUGGCUAUAACCCGCACAAUAGGGUUUUUAACGCAGCGCAGGAGGGAAAGGUCAGGGACUACCUGAAGAGGGCAGCAGCUAUUUAUUUUGCGCUCACCCCUAAUGAGGUCAGUGUUGUGAAAAGGACUACAUACGUUUUAGGACAGGCACACAUGUAUGCUAUGCACAUGCUUUAAUUAAUAAAUAUGAACAAAUAACAUAAACACACAAAUGUACAUCAACUUUUUAUGACCCCUUCAGGUCAGAAAAUUUGCCUUUGAGCUGGCAGUGCACUUCAGCUGCCCAUUCCCUGCAUCCUGGUCGAGGAAGAGCAUGGCGGGGAAGGACUGGUUCACCUCCUUCAUGGAGCGCAGUGGCAGCCUCUCCCUUCGGCGUCCAGAGGCCACUAGCCAACAACGGUUGUCAAAUUUCAACCAAAGAAAUGUCAACUUGUUCCACCAAAAUUUAAAGACGGUGCUGGACCGGCACCAGUUCCAGGCCAAGGACAUUUGGAACAUUGAUGAAACCGGUAUUUAAUAUGAUCUUUAUUAACAUAAAACACAACUAUAUACACACACAACUAUAUAUAUAUACAACUAUACAUCAUCUACAUCUACAUCAUCUUCCCCCGUAAGCGGUUCAAAGACCACUUCCUGAGGGGUGGACCCGUUGGCUAUGCUGGCACCGCCAAUCCAACUGGAUGGAUGAAGGAGCCAGACUUCCUCCGGUACCUGGCCCACUUCAUCAGUCACACCCGUGUGUCCAAGGAGUCGAAGCUGCUCCUCCUGCUGGACAAUCACCCGUCCCACCUGUCAAUUGCAGCAAUUGAUUACUGCAGAGCCAAUGGCAUAGUGCUGCUAUCAUUCCCUCCCCACUGCACCCACAGGUUGCAGCCAAUGGACAUUAGUGUCUUCGGCCCCCUAAAGGGGUACGUAAAGAGUGCGGCGGACAGGUGGAUGAGGAGCCACCCAGGGAUAAACAUCUCAAUUUAUGAUGUGCCCUCCAUCGUUGCUGAAGCCUUACCAAAGGCUGCAACAGUGAACAACAUUACCUCCGGGUUCUCAAGUCCAGGGAUCUGGCCUUUUAACCCCUCUGCAUUUGAGGAAAAGGACUUCGCCGGAGCCUAUUCAACAGACCGUCCUCCUCCCCAGGCUUCGGGUGACGAGGUCAGCGCUUCUCCAGGUGCCACUUCAGGCAUGGAUGUACCUGAUCGAGCUGCCGGGCCUGACGAAGCUGCCGGGCCUGACAAAGCUGCCGGGCCUGACGAAGCUGUCCGGCCUGAGGGAGAGGCCGUUGAAUUCAGCCCGGACAUCGUCCGGCCUUACCCUAAGGCCGGACCUAGAAAGAUCACAAAGAGAAGAGGGAGAAAGAGGCAAGACAACUGCUAUACUUACGGACACCCCGGUGAGGGCUGCUUUAGAGGCGGAAAAGCAGGGAACUGUGAAGCAGCGUCGUCCCGCCAAGCAGCCUCCCUCCUCUCGGGCUCCCAAGAAGAGGCUGUUCUCGCCCGCUCCUGA